AUGGCGAAACAUCUAAAGUUCGUUGCCAGGACUGUGAUGGUUCAGGAGGGGAACAUGGAAGGUGGCUACAGAACCCUGGACAGAAUCCUCACCAACAAUGGGCUUACUGAAGUCAUAAAGCCACGAUGGUACUAUCAGAAGCCUUGCCACCGCCGCUGCUGCCAACAGAAGAGCUAUGAAACAUCCUGGAGGACCUACAAUGUGGAAAUGGCUGAAAAGAUUAACUUCUUGAUGCGAAAAAAUCGUGCAGACUCAUGGCUGGGAUGCUAAGACUUAGAGAACAUUCUAUGAUCAACUCUUUUUCUUUAUCCAACCAAUUUCUGUUACUUUUCUCUACAAUAAACUCAAUCACAGGUUAACAAGGGAAAAAAAUAAACAAACAUGGGGUAAUGAGA